UAUCAAGUGCAGACGUCAAAGAUAAAUAAAAUGCUUGCGAAAAUUUCUCGACAUAUUUUGGAACUCUCAGUCCAAGAACAGCAAGAUUUCGUUAAUUCCUUUGAUUUCAUUUUAAGUGACUGCGAUGGUGUAUUGUGGCUAGCAUUGAGUCCUUUGCCCAAUACUGGGAGAACUAUAAAUCUUUUAAAAUCCGAGGGGAAAAAAUGCAUUUUCGUAACAAAUAAUUGCUAUAAGAACGAUGAGCAAUUUUUGGAAAAAUUUAAAUUAGCUGGGAUCGAUUCAGUAAAAAGUGAAGACGUGAUAAACCCCAAUAAAGCCAUCGUAAUGUACUUGAAGAAAUACAAACCGGAAGAACGCGUGUUUUCUGUAAACAAUCACGUGGCAAAUGAGGUCUUUCGGAAUAGCGGCAUCGAUAUAGAAACACUGGAUGUAACAGAUAAUUUAGACACUGCAGCACUAGCACGCCUCAUAAAACCUGAACAGAAAGUAGGAGCUGUUGUGAUUGAUAUAAAUUAUAAUCUUAACUAUGCUGGGCUUGCCAAAGCUUAUCAAUAUUUAUUAGACAAGGAUUGCGAACUCAUAAUGGGUGGAUCUGAUACACAUAUACUAAUGUCAGCUAAUAUGACAACACUAGGAUUCGUGGAUUUCGCCAAAUAUCUAAGCAAAUAUUCACAUAAGCAACCAAUUGCGUUGGGUAAACCGUCACCACGUUUUGGUGAUAUUAUCAAAGAAAUGUAUAACAUUACUACGCCAAAACGUUGUCUUUUCAUUGGUGAUUCUUUAAGUAAUGAUAUAGCAUUUGGUACUGUUUGUGGUUUUCAAACAGUACUAGUAUUGACUGGCACAAGCACGAAAGAAGAGAUGUUGGUUGCUGAAGAAAAUCUACGCCCAGAUUAUUAUGCUGAUAGGUUAGCGGAUUUUAUAGAAUUAUUUCAAAAUAUAAAAUUGACGAAUAAUAAUAUCGUUUAA